GAAGUGCAUUGAGGAUGAAAGGCUAAUGGUUAUAGCUACUACUGACAAACCCGAGACACUGGAUCCAACUUUGAUGAGUCGGUUCAUUUGUAAAGUGCACGUGGGUAGGCCAAAUGAAGAUAGUAGGCGGAAAUUUUUUGGUUUGAAAUUUAACGAGUUUAUCAAGGAGGAAGACAGAGAAGCCAUUUGUAACCUUGUCGCUUCACAAACCCCGGGCUUCGUUUGGGGUGAUCUUAUAAGGACAGCGCUUAUUUCAUUGCAGCUCGCUGCAAGAAGAGAUGACAAUUAUAUGACAAUGGAUGCUGUUCUUGAAUCACUUGAAACGACCAAGUCCGCUUUCAAUGAAACUGAAGCAGUUUUACGAGAUCAUAUGCAACACAUGGUUAAUACCAUGGACUUUAAAUAUCAGAACUAAACCAAUUCAAGCUGGCUCAAUUCAAACUGGCUCAAUUUGUGGUGUUCUUACUGUUUUUGUCGUCUUUGCGAACACAAGGCUAUUGUAUGGUACUAAAUCAUCCACUUGCACUACUGACAUUCUAGUAACAAUCAAACUCUAGCCUCGCAUACAUUUUGUAAACCUCACUAAGUUGGCCCGUACUGCAACGUUUGAUCCAGUAACCGGUUCCUUUAAAUGCAAAAAGUUGGAAGCCUUUCUGCUUUGAUGAGGAAGAUAUGCCAUA